GCAGCGCCUUGGGAAGAUAAGCCAUCAGCAGAGAGUGCCUCCAGCGAAAUGUGCUCUGGGGGUGUGCAGGCUCUAGCAUCAUUUGCUUAGAGCCUGGAAUUGUCCCUGGGAAGGCUGGGGGUUAGUCAGGAAAGGGAGGAGAGAAGGAGGAAUAAAGCUUUAUCACCCUGCCCCUCUCUCCUGCAGCACAGGACGUGCUCAGCCUGUAGGUUGAGGAUUUAAAGUACCUGGAAAGCCUGCAGAUCGUUUGGAGGACGGGAGGGGCUGGCAUGUGACAUUUGUGCUGUCUCUAAGAAGAGUCUGUUAGUUCAGUUUGCUUGAUAAGCUUUAUUUCAUAUUUGGCUGUGGAAUAGAUUCUUAUCCCUGCCUGCCUUCAGUGUGGGAAGGAUGCAGCUUUGUCCAUCUCAACCCUUUACCACUUCAAAAGUCUUUUGAGGCCAUUCAAGCCUUUCCUAGUGUGCAGAAGUGGAGAAACUAAAGGAGGAGGAGGAGAAACCAGGGGCAGAAAUUGAAAUGGAAUUGUUCUUUUUACUUAAGGCUCGCAGCAAAGACAACGACCCCGUGUCCCUGUGGGCCCCCCGUGCUGCCAGGCAGGAUCCAUGUGUGGGGAUCAGCAUGGAGAGCCUGGGGCUGCCAGCAGUGACCCUUGGGGACAGCAGCACGGCCUGCCUGCAGCAGGCUGCCAGAGGUGAAAAGCUGAUUGAAGGGCAAGUCAUUGAACUUGAAGAUGGGACCACAGCUUACAUCCAUCAGGUGACAGUUCAGAAAGAGGCUGUGGCUUUUGAAGAUGGGCAGCCAGUGGUGCUGGAGGAUGGCAGCAUGGCCUUCAUACACAGCACAGCCAAAGAGAGUUAUGAACCCAGCACAUUCCAGGCUGUCCAGCUGGAGGAUGGCUCCACUGCCUACAUCCACCGUCCUGUCAUCCUGGCACCUGGCAGCACCAUCCUGCAAGUGCAGACAGAAACUGGGCUGCAGGAGCUGGCUGGGGAGGAGGAAGAUGAUGGCCCUGAUGUGGACACCAUUAAUGCACUGCAGCAGUAUGGCAGGAAGGCUCAGGUUUGGGAAGGGAGGAGAGCUGCUGUCAUACAGCCUUUGGUGUGCCAGCAGUGGCUAAGCCAUGGCCACUGUCCCCAUGGUGACGAAGGCCUCAAAACCAAAGCAGCUUCAGAUCCUGGUGUGCUGUCACUGCAGUGUCCCACCUCAAUAUCCCAGGGGUCUGACGAGGAAGAGGAGGGAGUGACAGACACCUGCCAUGUGAAGAGUAAAGACUCCAGCAACAUCUCUUCCCAGGAUUUGCAGGAGGAGGAGGUGCAAAGCCACAGGAAGGGGCAGCAGGUCGGCAGCAGAGCUUUCCGCUGUGGGUACCAAGGCUGUGGCCGCCUCUACACCACUGCCCACCACCUCAAGGUACAUGAACGUGCUCACACAGGUGACCGGCCAUACACGUGUGACUUCCCAAGCUGUGGGAAAGCAUUUGCUACAGGGUAUGGUCUGAAGAGCCACGUGAGAACACACACAGGUGAGAAACCCUACAAGUGUCCAGAAGACUUGUGUAGCAAAGCCUUCAAAACCUCCGGGGACCUGCAGAAACACAUCCGCACGCACACAGGUGAACGUCCCUUCAAGUGUCCCUUCGUGGGCUGUGGCCGCUCCUUUACCACGUCCAACAUCCGCAAGGUUCACAUCCGGACGCACACGGGCGAGCGGCCCUACAUGUGUGCAGAGCCUGGCUGUGGCAGGGGCUUCACCAGCGCCACCAACUACAAGAACCACAUGAGGAUCCACACAGGAGAGAAGCCAUACCUGUGCACCGUGCCGGGCUGUGGGAAGCGCUUCACCGAGUACUCCAGCCUGUACAAGCACCAUGUGGUGCACACGCACUGCAAGCCCUACACGUGCAGCAGCUGUGGCAAGACCUACCGGCAGACCUCCACGCUGGCCAUGCACAAACGCAGCAGCCACGGCGAGCUGGAGGCCACCGAGGAGAGCGAGCAGGCUCUCUACGAGCAGCUGCAGGAGAUGGAGGAAGAUGAAGAGGAAGAUGCUGUGCCUACACAAAUCUCGCUUAUUUCUCAGGAUGGGACAGAGCAGGUCAGCCUGUCUCAGGAGGAGCUGCAGGCCCUGGGCAGUGCCAUCGGCGUGGUGACGCAGAGCGGGGUCCUCACCGUGCCCGAGGGACAGCUGGCAGCUGGUGACACUGGGGCCAUGACUGUGGCCAGCACCCAUGGCACCGAGGCACAGGAGGUGGCCGUAGUCGCUUCUGGGGCAGAAGAGGAGUCGGGCAUCACCCCGCUCUGUCAUCAGCAGGUGGCAUUGCUGGCCACCUCCCAUGGCACCCACAUUGCUGUGCAGCUGGAAGAGCAGCAGAGCCUGGAGGAAGCCCUCAGCAUGGCCACAGCAGUCAUCCACUACGAGCCAGUGCCACCUGACACAGCCCUGCCUGAGAAGGGGAGCUGAGGCCAGCAGGGCAGCUGUGGCAGGGGAGUGGCAGCCCCAGCCUGCCGUGUGCAGGGGUGGCGGGGCAGGGACAGAGUCUGAGCCAGUGCCAGCGUGUGCCCUGUGCCAGCUGGGACACUGAGGGGGCACAGGGCUGCUGGGGUGACCCUGUCUGAAGGGCUCUUCCCUCCGGGGAGGGAGAGCAGAUACACUGGGCUGCUGCCUGCUCCUGGGCUCUGAGCAGCAGCCUCUCUUCAGGGGCACUCCUGCCCUCUCCCUCUAGGAAUGGCCCAACAGCUCCCCUUUCUUGCCCACCCUUCCAGCUCAGGGGAAGUGGGCAGCACUUGCACAGAAGCAAUAAAGGCCCAUCAGAGCCAGCCCUGUCCUGAGCUCGCUAUGGAGGGUGAGCAGUUCCUGCCAUUGGAGCCAGCACUGGGAUGGUUCCAAGAGCAGUUCUCCCAUCUCUUUGUCACACUUCCUAUUCAAGCAGGGCUUCCAUGGCAGAUUCAUUGGCUGUGGAGCAGAGCAGCCAGCACUUGCCAGGAGCUGAGCUAGACCUGGAUGUAAAUGCUGAGUUGAAAUAAAAACAAAUUCAAAAUUUGGUUUUUAAAAGGACCUCUCUUCUCUUUGGUGGAAGCUGGGAGGAGAGGGUGUUCAGCAGCUGUAAGAAUUGAGGACAUUGAGGAGAUUUGUGGAAUAGACCAAACAUGUCCUGCCAAAGCAGCAGCUGUCCCAGAGCAGGGCUGGGAGCAGGGUGAGCUGUACCCUC